AUGCCCUUGACACCAGUCCACUUCUUCUCUCAUGGCUCGACCAUGAUGCUUGGAGAGGAGUCGACCUCGGCAGCAUACUGGAAAAGCUCUGGUGACGAGGCUUUGGCGCAUGGGUUGAAGGGAGUCAUUAUGAUGGGAGCGCAUUGGGAUGCCAAGGGGGACGCCAUUGAAGUCGCUACAAACCCAGAUCCCGGCAAGUCGCCAGUCGCAUACGUCCAUCCCGAAAAGUACCUCGACUACAAGCUCAAUCCGGAUGUACCCACGUCGCGACGAUGUGUCCAAAUACUGCGCGACGGUGGAUUCGACGCCCGUGAGAAUCCCACCUUCGAAUGGAUCCAUGAUACUUAUCUCAUCCUCAUCCGAAUGUUCCCGGACGGAUGUCCGCCUACGACACUGAUCUCGACCAAUGCGCGUUACGACCCGCACUUCCACAUGAAAGUAGGCGCCACGUUACGACCAUUGCGACGAGAGGGAUAUUUGUUGAUAGGAAGUGGGGGCGCUGUACACAACCUUUACAGGAAUAUAUGGGCCCCAAUGCUCAAGUAUUCGGACAAUUUUGCUCAAGAGACCCCCCCGGAACCCUGGGCUUUGGACUUCCGUCAGUCGGUAGAGGACGUCCUCACAAAGACAAACGGCCCCAAAUUGAGGAGAGCAAUGACCAGACUGAUGAAGCACCCGCAAUAUCGCGAUGCACAUGCGACUGACGACCAUUUCAUGGCGGCUAUGUUUGUGGCAGGGGCCGCGGGAGACGAAGAGGAUGAGGCGCUGGGAUCUUACGGAAGGCUAGGGGCCGAGACCUGGGAAUUAACGAACAUGUGCAACUCACAAUUCACGAUUGGUCGGUGGCCCGAACCGCCCGUCAAAUGGGUUGCGGCAGGGUAG